AUGUUCCAAAGACAGCUGCUGCGCCAGUCUCGCGCAAUCUCAGAAUCUCUCACUGCCGUUCCCAGAGUGCGACUGUCGCCAUUCAGUUCCGCAUCCUUUGUCUCACCCCGUCCAGCCACACCUCUGUACCAGUCGACGCGGUUAGGGCGGAGAUGGCAAUCCACAGAAUCCGAAAAGCAAUCUGGCGAACAGGCUGCGUCUUCAGGAGAGACGAAACCAGCGGAGGCGAAGGAGGACCCUGUGCAGCAAGAGCUUGAGAAAUGUAAAAAGGAAGUGUUAGAUUUCAAGGACAAAUAUCUCCGCUCCGUUGCCGAUUACCGCAACCUCCAAGAACGAACCAAACGAGAAAUGGAAUCGGCAAGACAAUUCGCCCUCCAACGCUUCGCCACCGAUCUCCUCGAUUCGAUAGACAACCUUGACCGUGCUCUCUCUUCUGUCCCUCAAUCCGCGCUGGGCAACGCCGCCACAACCGAAUCGACCGGCGCCGCAGAACCGAACAAGGAUCUCGUCAAUCUUGUCUCCGGCCUCAAGAUGACCGAAGAGAUCUUGCUGAACACGCUGAAGAAGCAUGGUCUGGAGAGAUACGACCCUAUGGAAGGCGGUGGUCGGAAGUUCGACCCCAACACCGACGAGGCCACUUUCUUCACCAAGGUCGAGGGCAAGGAAGACGGAGAGGUCUUCUUCACCCAGAGCAAAGGCUACAAACUGAACGGCAGGAUCCUGAGAGCCGCUAAAGUCGGCGUCGUCAAGAACUCCUAA